GCGGCCGGAACUUCCGAAAUGUCAGAUAGGAAUAAAGAGAGAGACGCGGGCGCGUCAACGACAGGGCCGACGCGAAACCGACGGACGUACGGACACGCGCGCACGCACGGACAAACACCCGACGAAGCUCGCACCGCCGCGGCAACUGUGCGAAUACGUGCGGCGGCGACCACGACGGAGAUAAUGGCGGAGAAAAAAUGCACGAUAACUCACAUGCCGCAUCAUGUGCAGCAGAAGCUGUGCCAAGCCCGACCACCUUACAGGCAAGGGAAAAGGUUGACAGCUGUCAAGGUUUACACAAUUAAUGACGAAUCGCAGCAUUUGCUAAUAUGUGGAGUACCGAAAAUAAAAUUAGGCGAGGAAGUGAAGAAACUCAUUUAUCCUUAUGGAGAUGUAAAAGCGAUCCAGCUGGUGACCGAAUAUCCAUCGGAAGAGUUUACGGAAACGUAUCAUAUACAUUAUGCACGUAUUCAGAGUGCAAGAAUAGCAAAACGAUUUAUCGACAAUAAAAAUUUCUUCGGUGGACUUCUGCAUGUUUUUUAUGUUCCCGAAUUGGAAACUUUACCAGAGACAAAGGCGAAGCUUGCCCAACGUCGCAAAGACGUAAUAACACGAAUAAAACGAAAUCAAGCGGAUACAUCAAACCCGGAAGUUGAUAAAUUCGUUCCGACGAAGCAGUAUCAUAGGAAAAAGAAGACACCUGCUUUGCCACUUACCCAAGAACGAGUUCAAUAUUGUUAUCCCGAGGAGACACUUUCCUCUAUCUGCAACGGAAUCCCUCAGAAUAUAGAUCCACGACCUAUAUCUGAGCCCAGUUUGCCAGUGGAUUGGUACAGUAGUUACAGUAACAACCAGACUGGAGAAGCAUCGUUAUCAGCACCGUACCGACCGACCGAAGCAGUGAUUGAAGCAGGCAGUUCGCGGUCAAGCGGAAGUCCAAACGUGCGCAAAAGAAAUUACAAAGGACAACUUGUCAGUGAUAACGUGAAAGUCAAGGUCACCCGGCCACGGCUUAUAGACACCAGGAAUAUAGCGAGAUUAAAUUCCACUGAGAAAACUGACGUGUUUUGCAACGUGAAGAAGGUAGAUAGCGGGAUCACAGUCAAGUUAUUGGAAAGGCCUGACAACGAGAGGAAGAAGAUAGUCAUAAAAAAUCCGAAUGUAACACACUUGAUACAACCUAGCGAAGAUCUUCAACAUUCCAUUAAAAUGGCAAAAUCGCAUAUUCGUGCAGCAAUGCAGAAAAUAUUUCAGUGAAAACACGGAACACCCGACAAAAAAUUUAUAUAAUUUGUGUAAAUUGGUUCUAAUU